AUGGACAUUCACAGUGAGUCCAACCAACUUGUAACUGAAACUAAUAAACAAUCGAAAUGGUGGCAUCAUCGUCGAGUUAAGAUCAUCGGAAUUUCUAUUACAGUAUUGGUAAUUCUGGCGAUUUCUCUAAUUUUAAUCCUAGAAGUUUUCAUACGCUCAACGAAAAAACCGUACAGUACCACUACUACUACCACUCCACCAUUCGUAUGGCGCGUUACUGGAAGUAUGAAUACUCCACGGACGAAGCAUACAGCAAUUCUAUUAAAGAACGAGAAAGUACUAGUUGCUGGUGGUUCAGACGGUCAAUCUUGUUUGUUCAGUAGUGAGUUGUACGAUCCAAAAACAGGCAACUGGACAAGCACUGGUAAUAUGAGUUCUAACCGAUGUGAACAUACAAUGUCUACAUUAAUGAAUGGAAAAAUUUUUGUCGCUGGCGGCGACACAAGCACUGCUGAAAUAUAUGAUCCUUCAUCGGGUAUUUGGACUGCUACUGAAUCUAUGAUGAUAUCGCGACUUGGUCACACAACAUCGAUAUUAGCAGAUGGAAAAAUAUUAGUUGCUGGUGGUGAAACGAACAGUGCUGAAAUAUAUGAUCCAUUAACAGGAAAUUGGACAACCAUUAGUAGCAUGCAUAGUGAACGAUAUCAGCAUAUAGCUGUUGUAUUAACUAAUGGAAAGGUGUUAGUUGCUGGCGGUUCCAAAGUUUCUUACGAAUGCAUCAUGGAUAGCUGUGAUUUGUAUGAUCCAUCAACAAAAAGAUGGACAACCACUGGUAAAAUGAAUCAUCGACGAAUGCAACAUACAGCAUUGCUGUUAACAAACGGAAAAGUACUUGUUAGUGGUGGGUUUGAUGAUAUGCGAAAGUAUCUAAAAAGCGCUGAAUUGUACGACCCUUUAACAGAAACCUGGACAACUACUGGCAACAUGAGUUUUCCGCGAGCUGGGCACACAGCAUCCUUAUUAAGAAAUGGAAAAGUGUUAGUUUCUGGUGGAUUGGCUAAUAGUUUAAUACGAUAUAGUACUGAGUUGUAUGAUGCAGCGACAAGAAUCUGGACGGUUGCUAAUAAUAUGAACCGCGUACGAUAUUUUCAUACAGCAACCGAAUUAGAAAAUGGAGAUGUGUUGGUUGCUGGUGGGUCUGAAGAUGAUAAUAGUGCUGAACUGUAUGUUUCGCCGGAGAAAACUUCAGCAACUACCAGUAAAAUGAACAGUCUGGUGAAUGGUCCCAAAGCAUCAGUGACAGAAAAGGCACUCAAUAAGGAUGGACAGAAUAAUACUAUUGGCAGCAAUAAGUGUCUAUAA